AUCUCUCAAUUUUCUAAAAUAAAGCAGAUUAAAGAGAGAUUAUAGACAAAAAAGAUAUACUAGCUCCUCGUGAAGCAGCAGUGAAGAAAGGAAAGUGAAUCGCCAUGGAUGAUCGCCUUCGCUUAAGCCGCAGAAUCCGCUUUCGUCUUCUUGCUUGGCUCCGUCGUUCUCGCUCCGGAAGAAUAGAAUUUAUCAGACGAUUUGGAUACAAGGAAAUAAUCAAAGCAACACAAGGUUUCCGUAAGGUUAUUUACACCAACUAUCACGGGUCUGCAUACAGAGCUAAAUUCAAAGGUGGUGAGGUAGCUUUGGUCAAAGAACUGACUGCUCUUGAUCUUGGACGAGAAAGGUUUGAUGAGGAAGUUCAGCUUUUGGGUCGCUUACGUCACCGUCAUCUCCUUACACUUCGCGGGUUUUGCAUUGGACGAAAGAGGCUGCUAGUGUUUGACAACAUUGAAAAUGGAAGCUUGAAAGAACACCUCAAUGAUCCUCUUAAGACCCCUUUGAAUUGGAAGACUCGCAUUCAGAUAGCCAUUGGAAUCGCAGCUGCAUUAGAAUACUUGCUAAUCUUCAGCAGUAAUGAUGCACAUAUAUAUGAUGUUUCAGUGAACUCAUGUAACAUCAUGUUGGAUGAAAACUUCACCCCCAAAAUUUCAGAUAUCCGCGUCAACAGACAUCCAAAAAACCAUCCCAAAGCAACCCAUGAUUCUUGCUCUGAAGGAUCAUGUGCGGAUGAGGAAUGUGGAAACGUGAUAUUUCAACUAGGAGUGUUGAUGUUGGAGCUGAUCACAGGACAGUCAUCAGACAGACAAGGGAAAGACUUGAUCGAAUGGGUACAAGACUCUUGUAUUGCAAAUUCCAUUGAUAAGAUGAUUGAUCCAGAUUUAGGUAACAACUAUAGCUCUAGAGAACUCCAGAAAGUCUUAGCCGUGGCUCGACUCUGCAUAAAAACGAGGUAUGAGCCUCCUUCAUUCUCAAUUACACAUGUAUACCGGUAUCUACAGAAGAAGAUCGAUGUUGCAACAUAAAUACUAGUUUUUGUUUGUGAAUUGAAUUGGGUUUGAUGGUUGAAAUUGAGAUGACAUGUGGUUCAUCAUCCGUAUUAAGUCUUCUGCCUAUUUUCACACCAUUCUAGAUGUAAUGUAAUAAACAGCUAAUAGAGUGUAGCAUUGUAC